AUGGCGAUCGCCAUGGGUUGGCACAAGCCCGACAAUGUCGCCGGUUCCUCAGCGCCGGCCAUCAUGGUCGGUUUCUUCGUCGCCACGGGUGGUCUUCUUUUUGGUUACGACACAGGGAGUAUAAAUGGCAUUCUCGCCAUGACGUCGUUCAGGGAACAGUUCUCGACGGGUUAUCAUAACAAGGACGGAGAACUCGACCUGUCGAUCAACCAAUCGUCGCUCAUUGUGGCGAUUCUCAGCGCAGGCACCCUAAUCGGCUCAGUCAUAUCCGCGCCUGCUGGUGAUUUCUGGGGUCGCCGGAUAUCUCUCAUAAUCGCCAUCGGUAUCUUCUGUCUCGGGGUCAUAUUCCAAGUCUGCUCAGCUGAUAUCCCGAUGCUGGUUGUCGGAAGGUUCUUCGCCGGCGUAGGCGUGGGCGCUGUUUCCGUUCUGGUUCCAUUGUAUCAGUCCGAGAUGGCACCCAAAUGGAUUCGUGGUACGCUCGUGUGUGCCUACCAGCUCUUCAUCACCAUGGGUCUGCUGGCCGCAUCGAUCACCAACAUGUUGACUUACAAAAUCGAUGGUGCUGCGGCCUAUCGUAUUCCCAUGGGUCUCCAAUUGACUUGGGCGUGCGUUCUGUCUCUUGGUCUCAUCAUUCUUCCCGAGACUCCUCGAUAUUUGGUCAAGCGCGGCCUCAGAGAUUCCGCUGCUCUUUCACUCAGCCGUCUACGACGACUCGACAUCACGCACCCGGCUCUGGUCGAAGAACUGGCAGAGAUUCAGGCCAACCACGAGUAUGAACUCGCGCUGGGUCCCGACUCCUACAAAGACAUCUUCUGUGGCUCUCCUCAUCUUGGCCGCCGGCUCUUGACUGGAUGUGGCCUGCAGAUGCUACAGCAACUAACUGGUGUCAAUUUCAUCAUGUACUACAGUACCUGGUUCUUCAAAGGAGCCGGUAUCAACAACCCUUUCCUUAUCUCCCUCAUUCUCAACCUCGUCAACGUCGUCUCAACCAUGCCCGGUCUGCUGGUCGUCGAGUCCUGGGGUCGCCGCAAUCUCCUGAUGAUUGGUGCCACCGGCAUGGCCGUGUGCGAGCUCCUCAUUGCGUCCUUCACGACCGCCGCCCACGAGAACAUGAAGCAGGCCGCUAAUCAGAUACUCAUCAUCUUUGUCGCGAUAUUCAUCUUCUUCUUCGCCGCCUCGUGGGGCCCCGUCGCUUGGGUCGUCACCUCGGAGAUCUACCCCCUGAAAGUCAGAGCCAAGUCUAUGUCGGUAUCCACCGCCUCCAACUGGCUUCUGAACUUUGGCAUCGCCUACGGCACCCCGUACCUUGUCGGGGACGGUGAGGGAGCGGCAGAUCUCGGCUCCAAGGUCUUCUUCGUCUGGGGUGCCUUCUGCGUGCUAGCCAUUUUCUUCGUCUACUUUAUGGUCUACGAGACGAGCAAGAUCAGUCUCGAACAGAUCGACGAGAUGUACGAGCGUGUCAACGUGGCGUGGCACAGCAAGCGCUUCGAGCCCAGCUGGAGCUUCCAGCAGAUGCGCGAUCUGGGCUACUCGGACAGCGGCGUCCCUCCCGAGGAUCACGAGCUACACCAGACCGAGACGACACAGUCAGACGUCCCGACUCACGGCACUGGCCACUCAACGUCAUCUACAACCUCGUCCAGUUCGACAACGGACCAGGAUAAUAAAAUGUUGGCCACUAUGAAUAAUGUCGAUUUUAGUUAUUGA